AUGACAAGUAUUUUCACUUACGGCGGGAUCGGCACGAAUCCCAUGGCGCAGAAGUACGGCCAGAUGGCAGCUGCCGCAUCCCUUUGUGGAACAAAAAAUUUUGUGUACACCAAGUGUCAUGAUGACCCCCAUCCCUUCCCUCGCCAUCAUCACCGACAGAGUGAUGUGCCGUGGAAGGACUCCUUCACGUGGAAUAGGUUGCGCUGGAUUAUUCAUGAUUUCCGUAUGUUUGGGCUUUGGGGUGCUUUACGACGGCAUUAUUACAUUGGCGAACAGUGGCGCCGAAAGGAUGAGAAGAUUUUUGUUGGUAAAGAUGAGAACGGAAACAAGUACUGGCUUGCUCGUCGCUCUCAGGGAAAUUUUACUGUCCGCAUGGUUGAACCCGUGGAUCCCCACUGGUUUCGUGGACAAGCGCCACACACCGCCUCACCCAUGUGGUUGAAGUGGAUGCAAGGCAAUGCUGCUCACACCCCCGCACAAGUAAAAGCAAGGGGUGAAUGGGGCCACAACUCCCGACUCGGUAUGGCAUUGCCGUUCAACAUUAAGUACGAUGAAUUCUCCCCCAUCAAUGCAGGUGAGGUCUUCUCACGUGAUCCCAUGUGGGUGUCUGCACCUGGCUUGUUAGUAAACCCGGAGCGACGUGCGUUAGAGGAGGCUGGUUAUUCACGUUGGGUGAUCAACAAGGGAAUGCCGUUGUAUAUGCCAUUCUGCGGCGUACAUGACUACUCAGAUGAACUAGUGGAGGAAUACUAUAGGGGACAGUGGGCCUUUGGGCGCGCUAGCAAAGGCAACGAUCAUGAUGAAUGGAGAAACUAA